CAUGCGCGUACACCAAUCAUGAAGGAUUCCAUUUCAGGUUUGAACAUCAAGAAGUCCAACAUCAGGAUUUGGAUUCAUCAGAGAGACCUGAGCAGUCUGCAGCAGGUCAUCUGGGAGGGUCACGGAAACAGACUUCUGGUGGAGCACAGCAACAAUCCGAGAGUUAAGCGGUUCUUGGAAGCGAUCCCUCAUAUCUUGGGUGUAAUCACCGGAGUGCAUACGGAUGUUAUCAACAACGACUUGGAGGGUUUGAAGGAAAAGACGGCACCUCCAGCUCCCAACACGCUAGUAAUUGCCAAAGAUUUCAACGGUUUAACACCUCUCCACAAAGCUGCGGGUUUAGGUUUGCAGGAAGUUGCGGAAUAUAUCAUCACGCAGAAUCCGAAGAGCGUUGCGCUGGUGGACAACGAGGGUAGAACACCUCUUCAUUAUUCUGUCCUUUCGAAAGAUGGCGGAAAAAUGUUUGAUUAUUUGGUAGAAGCAGGCGCGGACGAAGGAGCUUUAGAUAAUAAAUCGAAAAGCGCAGCGUUCUACAAGACGCGUACGCACGAGCUCGAUUCCAAAGUCUUGCAGGUCAUUCCGGAUUGUCCUCGAAAGGCUAGAGAACAGGCGCCAUUGGAUUGGAGCGUCUUGGGUAUUGCUGCGACACCGACUGAAGAAAUGGCCAAAGUCAUAUCUCCAGCUGAAGAAACCAAUGGCGAGGAAAUAAAUGGUAAUGUGGAGGAGACUAAUGGAAACGAGGAAGAGGAAGUUAAUCAUAAUGCAGAGAAUGGAGAUACCGCGGAGAAUGGAGAUGCAAAAUCGAGUCAUGAAGAACCGGAAGAGAAAGAUGAUCCGGAAGAAGCUGAGAAAGAGGCUAAGGUAGAUGAACCUGCAGCAGAAGAGGAACCAGCUGCGGAAGAAGAGCAUGCGACUACAGCUGAAGAAGAAACUGAACCAGCUCCAAAAGAAGAAGAAAAUGAAGUAGCUCCUAAAGAAGAAGAAUCUGAAGCAGCUCCGAAAGAAGAAGAAACUGAAGAAGCUCCGAUAGAAGAAGAAUCUGAUGCAGCUCCAAAAGAAGAAGAAACUGAAGCAGUUCCGAAAGAAGAAGAAACUGAAGCAGCUCCGACAGAAGAAGAAACUGAGGCAUCUCCAAAAGAAGAAGAUAAUGAAGUAGCAGCUGGAGAAAAGGAAAUUGGAGAAGCAGCCGAAGAGGAAACUCAGCCUCCACAUGAAGAAGAAGAAGAAAAUGAAAAAGAUGACGAAAAUAAAGUUGAAGAAUCAACUGAAAAUCCUGACGAAGAGCCUGAGAAAGUUGACGAUGAAGGAAAGGCAGAAGAUGAAUUGAUAGAAAAUCUGGCCGAGGCGAUCGUUGAAGGCGAAGGAGUGAUCGAGGGCAUUGUGAAUGGAGAAAACGAAAUCGAGUCUGUGAAUGAAGAAGGACAAGGGGCCGCAGAUGAUGGUAAAGACGAUGCGGAAAUAGCAGCGAUGGUGGAGGAGGGAAAUAUGGAGCAUCUAGCUGGAUUGGUUCUAAAUGGUGAAGGUGAACGUUUGAUGGGACACACAAGCGAUAUCCCGGAGCUGCAGUCUUUUUUAGACAACGUCACAGUUUACAUGUCUAAAAUUAAUAAGAUUCACUUGGCUGCAAGAGACGGUAGCUUGAAGGAGCUGCAAGCCGCAUUGGAUAGACGCAAGUUUGCAAUCGCCAAAGAUAAGAUUUCUCCAAACGGAGCUUCUCCUUUGCACGUGGCUAUAGUCUUUGGGAACACGAGCAUCGUUCGGUAUUUAGCAGGAAGAUUUCCAGAAACUGUUGGUGUCACAGACGAUAAUAGCAGAUCACCUCUUCACUACGCAGCUGUUGUUCCUGAUAACGGACACUACUACAAUCUUUUGGUUCAUUUAGGAGCCAACACCAGAGCGGAAGACAAGUUCGGGAAUACACCCGAGUUCUACAGGGUCAACUCGAGCGAUUUCAAUCACAACAACUUGCUGCGCGAUUUCGGAGCAGAGGUCAUUUCCGAAGAGAUGCUUUCAGAUAAAGUUCCGGACGACUGCGAAUCAGCGAGGAAAGAACUCGACGAUGAGGACAUGAUUGCGGUUUUAGAACGUUGUUACAAUCUGCUGCACGGCAGAAGAAAUUCGAACGCGACAUCAGCCGCAUCCACCGGUACAAUUUCCUCAGCCGUCACCAAUCCAUCGUAUUCCUCGGUCUUGAGCAAACACACGCGAAGAUAUAUCUUUGAUGCGGUCAAAUCUCGCCUCACAAAUUAUGACCACAACCUCUACGACCUGAUCUGGCCGAGCGUGAAGAAGCUCCCCAUCGAACAAUCGUUUCGCAUAAACAUGGACCACGACUUCCCAGCUGGGAUAAUUAUACCGGAUUACUCAUCGUACAAAGUAUUUGCAGAGUUUGUCUUGCCGAUAAUCAAAGAUGUGAAUAACCUUGAUGUGCAUUUAGAUUUGCACGAUCAUCCUGAAGCUACAUUCAGCUCUGCAGUGAGCGAAGAUGGAAGUGUGACUGAAAUUGAUCUUGAUUUGGAUGUGCACGCGAAGCACGUACUUUCUGGAAGUCUGGAAGUAACAAGAAACAUGCAAGAUUAUCAGCUUCCCAAUUACUUGAACGUAGGUGAUCUUGAAGCUGUCGAGAGACAGAUAACAUCUGCUCUUCUCAGCGAUGAAAUUGCUACCACUUUAUAUCCGCACGCAACGCAAGAAGAGAUCCAAGAUAAAGGUAGUGGAACGUACUACACAAUGAAUGAGAUCUUAGAAGAUCCGAGCGAAGCGCGCGUUAUCUUAGCCUCUAACGGCCUGAUGAUUCCUCUUUGGAACAUCCCCGAUUCUGAUAGAUUGCACGGAAAGCAUUGGCCUUACGGAAGAGGCGUCUUCGUGAGCAACAGCUGUAACUUAGCUGUCUGGAUCAACGUUUUGGAUCACUUUCGCUUGAUCACUUGUUCCUCCCAAGCGAAACCAGGGAACGUAGGUCAAAUAUACACUCGAGUCAACAAGCUGAUGAAGUGCUUAUCUGAAAAAUUGGAAUUCGUUCGCGAUGAAAAACUAGGAUUUCUAUCUGCGAGGCCUACAAUCGCAGGAAACACGCUUCAAUUCUGUUUGAACGUGAGAUUUCCGCAUUUAAUAAAGGAGCCUGAAAACCUGAGGCAUCUGUGCCACGUGCGAGGUCUGACGUUUCACAGGAACUCGCAAAGCACCGACGUGGUGAGAAUCGGGAAUCAACAAUGCCUCGGAAUAACGGAGAUACAAACGUUCGAAGAUUUCUGCACAGCCGUUGCCAAUAUAUUGCAACUGGAGAAGGAUCUGGCCAUGUCCAAUUCGAUGCACAUCGCCGCUCUCUUUGUUAACAUGUUCAAAAGGAAAAAGACGAGCGCAAAAAAAAACUUGUUUUCUAUGUACAUAGUGCCAAAUAAUUUAAAUCACGAAACAGUGCCUAAGGACCAAUGCAUCUUAGAUGCUCCAAAUGCGCCAGUAGAAAUGCCUUUUUUCUGCACGGAGGAGGGUAGAUAUUUAGCAUCUUCUCUUGGAGAUCCGCUCAUCAAGGGAUUGACGGAGGUGGCAAACAAAAGACCCGAAGAUCCGAUCGCUUACUUGGCUCAGUACCUUUACAACUUCGCUAACAACAACAAUAACCGCGCCAAAUCCAGAGGAAGAACUCAAGAAAACCAGCAAAUAAUUACAACCGGCUCUCCUGCAAACGUAGACACGAACAACGCUGUUCCUGCAAAUAUCGACGUUGUCACGCUCGAACCUGAAGAGAUGACCAAUCCUGAUGAAUCCGCCUUCAACGCUACCAGCAGAGAUGAACAUGGUCAAAGCAUGUUGCAUUUUGCUGCCGCCCGAUCGCACGGAAGAAACGCCCUUUACCAAUUGCUCACUGAAACUGAAAUCAAUAUUGGAUUUCGCGAUGAGUUGUAUCGCACUGCAAGAGAUAUCAGCAUUCAAGCUAGCAUCCCUGAGAACACAGUGGAGAUCGACAGAUACGUCUUGCAGAUUGCUUCGAAAGGUGACACUGACAAAUUGGUGGAAUUAUUGUUGGAUGGAUACGAUCACAUCAUCGAUAUUAUCGAUGAGGAUGGAAUUCCUAUUAUCGAAGCGGUUGGGAAUGCCGACCAACCGGACACUGUCGCUUUUUUACACUCAAUUUUAGCAUUCGAGGAACGCAGGGAGAGGGUGCACCAUGCGAUUCGGGAGGGAAACAUGGCUGAGAUCAAGGAAAUGCUCGCGGAUGAGAACGAGACAGGAAGCGGAAAGUUGCUGGCAAUCGGGAAGAACAGCUACGGCAGAUGCACACUGCACAUCGCAGUUUUGUGUCAACAAGAAGAGAUCGUUGAUUACUUAGCGAACACUUUUAAUGACACCUUAAGAAUUGGAGAUAACUUGGAGAGGACACCAUUGCACUAUGCUCUUGGCAUCGAGAAGAUCGAAUCAAUUAGUAGGGUCCUCGUGAAGGCCGGUGCAGAGCGAGUAGCGAAAGAUCUGAAGGGUCGUCAACCCACGUAUUACUUCAUGAACAAAUCCGAUAUUCUGCGGCUCCAGGAGGAAGAGGAAACUUUCUAAGCAGCACAAUCAUCGUACAUUUAAAGCACUUGAGUGGCCUUAUCUUGAUAUGCACUUGAUAUUUGUUUUUUG